AUGUCAGGUCUUCACGAGGUCCAAACAGGCUCCGGCAAACUGGCCAACAAGGUGGCCAUCGUCACAGGUGCCGCCUCAGGCUUCGGCCUCGCAUGUGUCCGAAAAUUUAUCGACGAAGGCGCCAAAGUCGUCGCCGCGGACAUGAAUGAAGCAGGUCUGCAAAAAGCCUACGCUAGUGCCGCCGACAGCCACGUUGCAGCUCUCACCGUCAAUGUCACGUCGUCCAGUGAUUGGAGCAAAAUGGUUGAUCUUGCCGUAUCGAAAUUCGGUGGGCUGGACAUCGUGGUCAACAACGCCGGCACAUCCUACAAGAAUAAACCUACUCUGGAAGUUACGGAGGCAGAGUACGACAAGGUCAUGGCCGUGAACGUCAAGAGCAUCUUUUUGAGCAUACCAGCUACGGUCCCUGCCUUGAAGAGCAGGGGAGGUGGCUGUAUCAUCAACAUUGCCAGUAUAGGGGCCAUGAGACCCAGGCCGGGGUUGGUCUGGUAUAAUGCGAGCAAGGGUGCCGUUGCGAAUGCCACAAAGGGUCUCGCCGCCGAAUUCGGCAAAGACCAAAUCCGCGUGAACGCCCUUUGCCCCUUACUCUCCGGCACGGGCCUCUUCGAAUCCUUUGUGGGAGUCCCAUACAAUGAGGAAAACAUGAAGAAGUUCUUGUUCAAUGUCCCGCUAGGGAGACUGACGGAUCCCUCCGACGUGGCCAAUGUGGCGGCUUUUCUGGCGAGCGACGAGGGCAAGUUUAUCACGGGCGUGAAUUUGGAGGUUGAUGGCGGCAGAGCCGUUGGUUCGUAG